UCCACGUGCCAGCAUUUGUGUACCAUUUGUAAAGCACUUCAUCAACGCUUGAUUUUUAUCACCUCCCGGAUCUCAAUAUUUUUGUCAACUGUCCAAAAAACGCGGGAACUCGUGUAAACUUUUUAAAAAUUCACGUCACCGACGCAGUUCGUUGAAUCCUAAAAAAGGAGGUCUGAAUCAUCGGAUCGACCACAAUAAAAUCACUCGGCGAACAAUUAGUACAAGCAGUCGAACAAUGAUGCCAAUCGUCUCGAGCGAACUAAAUCUACUUUUGGAUGACUUUUGAACAGCGUGAUAGGGGCCCUGGGUCGCAUGCUGAGCACCGGAGCCCUGACAGACGUGACCCUCAGCGCCAGCGGGACCUCCGUGAAGGCACAUAGGCUGGUCCUGGCGUCCUGCAGCCAGUACUUCGCGCAGCUUUUUAAGGAGUUAGACACAGAGAACAACACAGUGGUGGUGGUCCUCGGCUGCGAGGCGGCAGAGCUGAGGCUGCUGCUUACCUUCAUGUAUACGGGAGAGGUGACGGCUUCCAAGAAGAUCCUGCCUUCGCUGCUCAGGCUCGCGCAGACAUUGAAGGUUUCGGGGCUGACUGACGCUGACACGAACUCUACACUAACACCCACGGACACCGAUGCAACUCCAGAAACCGAGCAACCGCCGUCACCAGUCAACUUAGAACUCAAAAGCGACCAGAACUCCAACUUCAUCGUCAACGAAAAUUCCAACAGCAGCUCCAAACUGAACUUCGAUGACGUCAGAUCACCGACAAACGAUAUAAAAGACUCAAUAGUGAAUAGUAGCAACGAUUUUAUAAGAAACGAGAAGGAUAGACUUAGUAAAUUAGACCAGAUAGUCCAGAAUUUGUACAGCACGCAUAAAAUUGGGAAUCCAACCGUUCCUGUUAGUCCAACUACGAAUGCCCCAGAUACCGAGCCGUACGACAGAAAAUGGCGCUUGAACAGUUCAGUGUGCACGAUCUGCCACAAGCGGCUCAGCAACCAGUACAACCUGCGCGUGCACAUGGACACGCACGCGGGCCGCCGGCACGCCUGCGCCGCCUGCAGCCACGUGUCGCGCUCGCGGGACGCGCUCAGGAAACACGUGGCCUACAGGCGAGUCACUCUCUCCCCCUUUCUUUAGGACCUUUCUCUUAUUUCAAACUGUAUUGCAAGGUAAAGGCACUUUGAACCUCUUACACUCUCUCCGUCUCUUUCUCUCUUAUUGACCUUGUCUCUCUCUCUCCCUUCAGCUUUGUCUCAUUUCUUUUCCUCCCUCUUCCUUGAAGCUCUAAUGUAGCGAACAUGCAAGACACUUCCCCCUUUUUAGCCUCUCUCUUGCUUCAAACCAUAACAUAACGUACAGGUAAGUCACUUUUAGCUUUACAAUCUAGGUUGCCACAAGGCA